AUGUUCAAGAAAAUGCAAGAAGAAAUUGUGGAGGGUAACGACAGAUGUCGUGUGCUGAAUUUUAUGUCCGGAGCAACGGUCGACACAUACAAGCUUGGCGAUAGCAAGCGCAAUGCAUAUUUUGUUCGUCAUGACAAGACUGAUGAUACUUACUCGUGCGAAUGCAAGCUAUUUGGUCGGCUUGGUUAUUUGUGCAGCCAUAUAUUUUUCUUGUUUCGGAACAAUGAGGUGAAAAAAAUCCCGGAAAAAUACUAUGAAAGCCGAUGGAUGAAGACUCCAUUAGCCAAGGCUGUACAUGGGGAGUUUCAGGAUCCCUUGCUUACCCAUUCAUCCGCUGACGAUAGGCAAACUGUGACUAAGCAGGCGAUUUCGAUGUUUUAUGGUUUUCUUAGACGGUUUGAGACCGACAUUGAUGUCUUACAUGCAUUCGUAAGUGGCGUUGAAGAACUUGGAAACUCUCUUCAGACUGGUACUCCGGCAACCUCAGUCGCUGAGAAGAGACGUAUGGUUGAAGAGUUUUAUGGAAUGGUAAGGCCUGAAUCUGUUGCGGUUCAUCCUCCGGAUGUCGUGAAAACGAAGGGCCACGCCAACAGCUCUGCGAGUCGUCUGAUUUCUAAGAGAGAGAAGGCUAUAAAGGAUGCGACAAGGCCUCUUAGAAGGUGUAAGGCGUGCGAUGAGAUGGGCCAUCACGACUCCAGGAACUGUCCACUGCUUAAAGAGAUGACGAUGGAGAACGAUGCGCGCAAGGGUAAGAGAACAGCUUGA